UCAAAUCUAGCAGCCCCUUUGGUAUCAAAUACGUCUUUCACCUUGAGGUUGACAUUAUCCCAUGAACAGUAUGAUCUAGAGUUAGUGUUUGUGAAGAACUCACACGAGGUUGUCCAUGAGUAUAUGAAAAAAACAGAGUUCGUAGAACUCAUGAGAAGGCUUGGUGCUUUGGGUGAUGGUAACCAAGACCAGAGCACGUUAUCAGCUGAUGAAUGUGACGCUGCAUAUCUAUACCUCUCUUUUGUCUUGAGGAAGAGAGGAGGAGAAUCUGAUGGAGGUCAGAGGAGAGGAGGGAGGAGGAAGAAUGGGAAAAUGAACUUAUCUAAAGACAAUGUUUUGUAUAUUGACAACAAAAGUGUAAAAGAGUGUAACUUUACUCAACUGAGAGUGUCUUAAGACUCUGUUUUCG